AUGAAUUGCCUUCCACGGGAGAUCGUUGCCUGCAUUGUUUCUGAAUUGAGGCCGAUGGACUGCAUUGAAUGCCUUCAUGUAUCUCGUCAUUGGCGACAUGUCAUACCACUGGCUGCAUCACACCCCUUUCACGAUAUUACAGUGGACGGCGAUUCUUUACGUGUGCUCGCCUCUAUCGAUCUCGUUGGCCACUUUGUGAAAACAGCUAGACUCAAGUUCAAGCCAAUGGAUACUAUGAUGAAGGUCAUGGAUCGACUCAAGUCAUGUUCUUUAUUGCAAAAGCUUGAAUUACGCAACGUCAACAUUGAUUGCCCAGAAGUCAUGCAUGCAAAGUUGAAGUCUUGCUUCAAAAAGUGGCGUCUUGAUACCCUCGCUCUCAUCAAUAUCCAUGCUCCCAAAAUGAAUCUUGUCGAUAGUAUUCUACUGGCAACAGAAUACAAUGUCAGCCAUCUUGCGUUCACUUGUGGUGAUGAACGAAGCCAUUUUCAUGUGCCUAUACAUGAACAAGUGUUGGAAUGGAGCAACCUCAGCACCCUCGUUUCGCUUGUCAUCGAUAGUCCAGCAGACAUCCACCCUUCCGACAUUCAAGAAUUGUUGUCUUUUGCACCCAACAUUGAAUAUCUGGAGCUGGCUACAUGUUACAAGAAUGAUUCGUUCAUGUCAGCCAUUCUUACAUUGUGUCCAAAGAUCAUCCAUGUCCACCUAUCUAUGCACUAUCUUACUACAACAGACGACGACAAGAUUCAUCCCAAAGAUCACCUUCAAUUAGCAGCAUCUUAUGAUCAUCAAGGUUCUCCCGGUUUACGUUGCUAUUGGAAUCGCGUAUCGGAUUUCAGCCAAGCUGAAUGCGAUAUGGUGCUGAAGCACCAAUCGACUUUGGAGUCCGUUUGUGUUGGUUAUGAGCACCCUUCUUCCAACUUUGCACCAAAUUGGGAAACGUUUAACACCCGCCUUCUAUCCAACAAUACGACACUCAAACACCUUGCAUUACCGCUAUUUCGUCCACACAUUGAUUCUCUACACUACGAAGAUGGGUAUAGCUAUUGGCUCAACGCAUGCCAGGCACUGGAACAUCUGGAGCUACUUCAUAUCUGCCAUGCUUUUGGAGGAUCGAUGAUGCAUACCUUGCAGUACAAGCUGCCAUCACUUCGACGCAUCGAUAUCGAGUUUACCGAGAAUGCAGUAAAACCAUGCCAAUUGCAAUUAUUAGAGGCACUUCAUCACCGUUGCAAUCACUCCGAGACGCUCAAAGAGCUACAACUUUUCUUUCGUGGACACCACCACUAUGCCGGCGCAGUUGACAUCAUUUCUACCGCGUUGACCAUUCACACUCUGGAAAGGCUCACUGUGGAUUGUUGCAACACUCUUGAUGAGCGAGAGACUCGUGCAUUUAUCAAAAAACUUCAAACCAGUCUUCCCCUCCUUACGCACCUCGGCUUGGCUUGCUUUUCCACACUUUCUGCCAAGGUGAUUCACGCUCUUGCAACCUUGGAUCGGAUUGAAUCGCUUGCUUUCCUAUACAACGAGGAUAUCACCAUCACCGAGGUAGAAGCUGAGUUGUUGUUUAGCACCAUGGGCAACAAUUUGAGAAAGCUCUACUUUAUCACUUGUGAAAUGUCGAACAGCACCAAAGCUUAUAUUGAAUCGCUCGCAAAGAACUAUCCAGUCGAAUGUAUCAUCAGCGAUUAA